AUGAUAGCAACUGAACAUUCUCGUCCCAGUUCGAAAUCAAUGCAUGCUCCUUUACCUCCCAUGAAAUACCCAACAUUAACUGCAUUACAAUCAUCCAUACCAAUCAAUCCUCAACUAUUGAAUUCUAUCAGCUCUCAAAAAGCGACUAUUAAAGAUUUACGUGAAGUCAAUUUAUUACAUGAAAUAUAUCCUUUUCAAACAAAUAAAACACGUGUUCAAGAAACAGUUGAAGUCAUACCUCAGCCAGUUUCAUGCGAACGUAUAUUUUAUUCAUAUACAAAUGAUCAUACAGAUUUACGUUCUCGUGAAUGCAUAAAAUUAUAUUCAAAAAAGAAUUCUAAUCGAAUUAAUACAAAUAAUCAUCUUAAAAAUUUAUAUCAUGGUAUUGAAUAUAAUCAACGAUUUCAAUUAGAUGUUUAUUCAACAACGCUUUUUAUUUUUCCAAAACAACGUAUUGAAAAAUUUAUAACAGAAAUACGUUAUAUACCAGAACAUAUUACAAUAAAAUAUAAGACAUCACUUGAAUUAUUAGCAACAACAUUAGCAUCAUCUCAAGAACAUUAUUAUCAAAAUAUUCACGAUUUUUAUCAUAUAUCUAAAGACAUUUUUUAUCGAAUUUAA